CGGAUCCCAAUGUGUGCUUCAAAGUGUCUUUGAUACCUCCUCAAGCUCCUCACAUGGAAAGCAAUGUCAAUAGAUGAGUCAAUAGCGGCCAAGGCCGUCCUUCAAACGGAUAAGAAUGCAGAGACUGUCGGUCGCACACAAAAUUCAUCUCCUCCGACGGCGCGACGAUCGUUCCCUGUCGCACCUCACAACGUCUUCCUAUUCCUGGUCGGAUUACGCUUGGUCAAUGCUUUGACGACAAGGACCUUCUUCCAGCCAGAUGAGUACUUCCAGGCCCUGGAGCCAGCAUGGCAGUGGGCGUUUGGAGCAGGAGGAGGAGCGUGGAUAACAUGGGAGUGGAAGAAUCAUCUGCGAUCGGCAAUACAUCCUGCAAUCUUCGGACUGUGCUACCAGCUGGCCGACUUCGUUGCUGACCACCUGAUGUUGCAAAGCCCUGUGCGCUCGGAGGUCCUUCUUGCUGCUCCCAAGACCUUACAGGCCUUCUUCGCUGCGACGGCGGAUUUCUACACCUGGAGACUCUCAUCAGACAUCUACGGAGAAGACUCGACAGCAGCCCUAGCGUCGCUCUUCUUGACGGUUGUGAGUCCGUGGCAAUGGUUUUGUUCGACGCGGACGUUCUCGAACUCGUUGGAGACGACCUUGACGGUUAUUGCGCUGUACAAUUGGCCAUGGCAUUGGACGCUGCCACGCGGUAGAAAUCGCGACACGGCUGGUGCCCACCUCGACAACCAAAGAAUCCGCACUCGCGAUGACAUCGCAGCCGACGAGGGCUCGACAGACGAGGUCACCCGAGUGAGGAGAGCGCUGCUCUGCGCUGCAGUGGCGACCAUCCUCCGGCCCACGAAUAUUCUGAUCUGGAUGAUCCUGACGCUUCUCACCUUCAUUCGAGACUGGAACUCAAUAGGCCUCAACUGGGCCGAGUGUGUUCUGUUCGUCCGCGAAACGGUCCUCUGCGGGAGCAUCAUUCUAGCCUCUUCAGCAAUAGUUGAUCGGAUUUUCUACGACGCUUGGGUCUUCCCACCCCUGAACUUCCUCCAGGUCAAUGUUGUCCAGUCAUUGGCAACAUUUUACGGCAAUAAUGAUUGGCAUUAUUACAUCUCCCAAGGCUAUCCUCUGCUCCUUAUGACGGCGCUACCAUUUACAUUGAUCGGACUAUAUCGAGCGUUGGGCUCAAAGGAUGCAAAUUUUGCCCCGACACCUGCGGCCGGCCGCGAUGCCCUUCACUCUCUAUCCAUCAUAUGUCUCCUCGUCCCAACGGCCUUCUCAGUCAUCGCACAUAAGGAGGUUCGCUUCAUCUAUCCUUUAUUACCAGCUUUGCAUACUGUAACCGCUUUACCCUUGGCGUCCUUCUUUCACCCGUUGAUAACUCCUUCUCCGUCGUUGCACCUUGCAAAACGACUCUUACUCCUCCUCAUUCUGUCGCUGAAUCUCACCAUAUCAUACUACACCACACAAGUCCACAACUCCGGCAUUGUUGACCUGACCCAUUAUCUUCGUCACGAGUUCGAAACAGUCUAUCUGUCUCCUCCCUCGAACAUGACGGUCGGCAUGCUCAUGCCAUGCCACUCCACGCCCUGGCGUUCUCAUUUACAAUACCCUCCGUCCUCGACGCAUCCGGGAAUCCGAGCUUGGGCAUUGACAUGUGAGCCGCCACUCAACCUCAACGCGAGCGAUAAAUCCAGCUAUCUGGACGAGGCAGACCAAUUCUACGCCAACCCAUCGAUUUGGGUCAAAAAACAUAUGUCACGCCAUCCUCCACCAGGCAAGGGUAACAUUCGACCAACUGGGUCGGUGGCAGGAAUCCUCGCCGCCCCCAAUGUAAACGGCAAAAUCGAGACCAUCCCUUCCGAUAUCCUUGAAGGCGAGAGGGCGGAGCAAUUCUGGCUCACGGGCGGCCAAGGUCGAAAGCCAUGGCCCGACUACCUUGUCUUCUUCGCCCAGCUCGAACCCAGUUUACAAGCGAUUCUGAGGGGGAGCGGGUACGGCGAGUGUAAGCGGCUGUUCAAUUCUCACUGGCACGACGAUUGGAGGAGGCAAGGCGAUGUGGUUGUGUGGUGUCUCGACGCCGACAAGCAGCAGGAACAGAAGACAGCAUCAGGCAACGGAAGCGGGGGAACAGGGAUCGGGAUGGAAGAGGUCGAAGACGCGAUCCACAAUCCAUCCGCUCUGGAAGAUGGCGGUACGGGGCAGAAGGUGCUCGGCGGGGGUGCUUCGAAGGGUCAAAAGCCGCGGGAGAACGGAGAGUUUGCUGACCGAAAACCGAAGGAGCCCCUGAGGAGAGUGGUUGAGAAACCCUUCUGGAAAGUCAGGGAGCCGCGAGACUGAUUCACCCGCAGUCGUUUGUCUUUAUCCUCAAUCCAGACCCGAGCCUCGCUCAGCUGAGCCCUAAGCGAGAGCCACAUCAUAAUGGAGAAAUGAGCCCAGAAUUCCCUUCUGGUUCCGCUCCAGAAUACCUGUCUUUGUGGGACGUCCACUGUAUGCGCAAGUUCCCCCAAUAUCUCCCACUGGUUUUGUUUGGGAGGGACAAGGCGCAGAAGGAAAAUGCGAGCUCAGAUUAUAUACCUCCAAAUAUACUAUAUAUACCCC